AUGGACGAGGACCUUGGUCUUCAGAGUACCGAUGUCGGUGUCAGCGCCGACGUCGCGGUCGACAUUGACGUUAUGAAGAUUUACCUCGAAAAGCUGCUGGUGGUUCUCCUCGGAGCAGACCAGUCAGACCUCAACGCCUCCCUCUUCUCUUUCCCCGACUCGACCGAACGCCUCCGGCGGUUUGCGAUCGAUGUCCAAACACCAGCGCUCUAUAUCCUCAAGGAGACUGACUCGAACGAUGGCUCAAACGCCUCGCAAGUCUUCUCCUACUCCGUCAGCCAUGAAUUGACAUACCACGCCAAUCAUGUCGGCUCUAUCGCCUUGAUCAAGCGUGGGCCUACCAUCGACACCUCUCGCCCUCUCCAGACUCAGGUUCAGUUCAUCAACCUGCCUGGUCCUGCUGCCAACGAGUCUGGUCUUGGUCUGGCCAGUCCCUAUGAGGCCCUUCAUUCCUACAUCCACUACGCCGUCAGUCCCUACUUCAAUGCCUAUGUGAGCACAAAGUCUGGCUCCGAAGGUGGAAUCUCAAACAAGCGGCCUGAUGAUAAGGAUGGCAAGAUGGGUAUCCCCAUGGCCAAGAAGAAGAUUGCCGAGCUCGAGCUCUCUCUUUUGCAUCUGCAACAGAACGUGGAAAUCCCAGAGAUCUCUUUGAACAUCCACCCUGUCGUGCAACGUGCAAUUGAUGAGUGUCGCGAGGAGGGUCGUCGAGUGACGGUCGAUGCACUGGACUCGUCGUACUUUUUGGAUUCGACCUUCUUGAACAAGUUGCAGGGAGAUGUCAACGGAUGGAUCAAGGAGAUUCAAAAGGUCACCAAACUCUCGAGAGACCCCGCUUCGGGAACUGCCAUCCAGGAGAUCAACUUUUGGUUGAGCAUGGAGCGUGCCCUGGAAAAGAUCGAUGAGCAGCUAAAGAGCGACCAAAUUGUUCUUACCCUCGACAUCCUCAAACAUGCUAAGCGUUUCCACGCAACAGUCAGCUUCAUCGCCGACACCGGCCUCAAGGAGGGCACAGAGAAGGUGCACAAGUACAACCAGCUCAUGAAGGACUUCCCCCUGAACGAGCUGUUGUCGGCAACCGACGCCAUCAAGGUCCGCGAUUCGCUGCUUCUCAUCUUUGGACAUCUCAACAAGAAGCUUAAGCUCUCGCCUUACCCUAUCCGCCGAGCAUUGCCUUUGGUGGAAGCUAUUUCGAGGGACUUGAACGAGCAGUUGUUGAGGGUUCUGGGAAGCAGACGUCUGAUGUACAUGGACUAUGACGACUUUGAGAAGGCAACCGCAGGAGCAGUAGAGGUCUUCAAGACCUGGGACGACCUCAUCAAGGAGUUCACAUACGUCGCUCGUGAUGUCAUCCACAAGCGCUCGGAAAAGUUCCUCCCUAUCAAGAUCAACCCCGCUCAUGCCAAGCUUCAGGAACGCGUCGGCUUUGUUCGCAACUUCAGGAAGCAGCACGAACAACUUCACCAAACCAUCCUCAAGGUCAUGACCAAGCCCAGCGGCCUUUCGGCAUCUAGAGCUGCCUUGGAGAUUGAGGAGUCGGAGAGCGUCAGUCUCAGCGAUGUCAACGCUGUCGAGGAGGUCAACCUUGCCUACGACAGUGUCAAGAACGUCGAAGUCUUGGACGUCUCUCACGAAGGAACAGAGAUUUGGCUGACUGCAGAGGUCUCCUACAACGAGCGUGUCUCCAGAGUCGAAAACCAGAUCAUUGCUCGCCUUCGCGACAGACUCGGAAUCGCCAAAAACGCCAAUGAGAUGUUCCGUGUGUUCUCCAAGUUCAACGCACUCUUCGUCCGUCCCAAGAUUCGUGGCGCUAUUCAGGAGUACCAGACUCAGCUGAUCGACAAGGUCAAGGACGACAUCAAAAAGCUGCAUGACAAGUUCAAGAUGCAGUAUCGUCACUCCGAUGCCUUCUACAUGUCGCAGCUUCGCGAUCUCCCUCCUAUCUCUGGACACAUCAUUUGGGCCCGUCAGAUUGAGCGCCAGCUCUCAACAUACAUGAAGCGAGUGGAGGAUGUCCUCGGCAAGGGUUGGGAGUUGUAUGCAGAGGGUCAAAAGUUGCAGAGCGAGAGCAGCAGUUUCAAGAAGAAGCUGGAUACAAGGCCUAUUUACGAGGCAUGGUUCGCCGAGAUCACUCGUCGCGAACUCACUGUCUCGGGACCUCUGUUCGAGAUUACCCGCAACCGUGCCCAGGGUAACGUCCUGCAACUCGGUGUCAACUUUGACGCGCAGAUCAUCACACUUUUUAAGGAGGUCCGCAACCUGCUGUGGCUCAAGUACCAAGUUCCCCACCAGGUCAGCAUCAUCGCCAAGGACGCCAAGCGAGUUUACCCCAUCGCCGUCAGCCUCAUGGAGACCAUCCGCACCUACAGUCAAAUGGUCAACAAGGUCCAGCGUCACGGAGAGAUUGCAACUCUCGUUGCUGGAUACAGGAAUGACGCACAGAAGAUGGUCUCCAAGGGUGUGAGCCUUCGUUGGGAACAUUUCGCCAACACUUACGGCAGCGUCACUUCCUACAUUAACCCUGGAAGUGCUGCCGACGCUCGCGAGAACCGCCAUAUCGUCUUUGUGCGCGAGUUCGCCUCAGUGGUGUCGAUCUUCCAGGACAAAGUGGAUUCCCUCAUCUCCAUCUACGACGACAUCAUCAAGUUGAUCGAUGAGCUUCCUGUCUGCUCCUUUGUGCACACGACCUUCUCUAGCAUCAUUUUGCGCAUUCAGAAGCUGAUCGACCGACUUAACUUGGAAUCGUACUCAAACUUGGAUCAAUGGGUCUCGCAACUGGACGCCAAGGUGGAGGCUUUGCUUGUCGGUCGCCUGCAGCAGGCCAUCAAGGCCUGGAUGCUCGAGUACCAGCGGGAUGACCACGAGGAAGGCUUGGUCGAUAUUCGCGAUUCUGCUGCUCAUGGAAAGAACAGGAAGCGUCGUACCAACCGUGAGGCUGAGAGGGCUUCUGCAUUGACCAAGGCAAACGAGAUCAAGCCUACCCUCAAGGUCCUUAUCCACGAGAUCCGCAUCAAGAAUCAGGUCAUGUACCUCGAUCCUCCAGUUGAGCAGGCCCGUGUUAGCUGGUACAGCCAGCUCCAUGAGUGGCUCUCUGUCGUUUGCACCUUGACCAGGAUCCAGAGUUCUAGAUACGAGAUUGAUUUGGCUGUCCAGGACAAUGCCGGAGAUCUGACCUACUCUGACUUGCUCACAAAGAUCCCUGACGACUCUCUCCCCAAGGCUUAUGAAGUGAUCGAGGCCAAGGUAUCCCAGGUCAAGGACUAUGUUGACAUCUGGUUGCAGUACCAGUCUCUUUGGGAUCUCGAAUCUCAGUACAUCUUCACUCUCCUGGGUGAUGAUUUGGCGAAGUGGCAGCAGCUUUUGUUGGAGAUCAAGAAGGCCCGUACCACUUUUGACAAUUCGGAGACUGAACAGUCGUUCGGCCCUGUCGUGAUUGACUACGAGCAGGUCCAGUCCAAGGUCAACGCCAAGUAUGAUUCAUGGCAACGCGAGGUCUUGAACCGAUUCGGUAACAUGCUCGGCACAUCCAUGAAGGAGUUCCACAGCUCUGUUUCCAAGGCUCGUUAUGAUUUAGAGUUGCACUCGGUCGACAGCCAUUCGACUGGAGAGGCUGUUACCUUCAUCACCUUUGUCCAGGAUCUCAAGCGCAAGGUCGCCAAGUGGGAGAAUGACGUGGAUUUGUUCCGUCAGGGUCAAAAGACUUUGGAGCGCCAGCGUUACCAGUUCCCCAACGACUGGCUCUACUGUGAUCAGAUUGACGGAGAAUGGAGCGCCUUCAACGAGAUUUUGAGCCGCAAGAACAACGCCAUCCAGGACCAGAUUGCUGGACUGCAGAUGAAGAUUGUGACUGAGGACAAGGCGGUCGAGCAGAAGAUCUCAGAGAUUUUACUGGACUGGGAGAAGAACAAGCCUGUUCAGGGCAACAUCAAGCCUGACAUUGCCACCAACACCCUCAGUAUCUUCGAAGGCCGAGUCACCAGGGUCAAGGACGAGUUCGAUAUGGUCUGUCGCGCCAAGGAGGCUCUUGAUCUUGACCUGUCCGCAGAUAACCGCCUGGAGCCUGUUCUGGAAGAGUUGCGCGACUUGAAGUCUGUCUGGAGCUCGCUGGCAAAGAUCUGGCAGUCCAUCUUCGAGAUCAAGGAUACCCUCUGGUCUACCGUUGUUCCUCGCAAGAUCAGGACCCAGCUUGAUACUCUUAUGAACUCGACCAAGGACAUGCCCAACCGUAUGCGUCAGUAUGCUGCUUUCGAGUACGUCCAGGAGUCCCUUCGCUUGUACCUCAAGGUGAACCCCCUGUUGACUGAUCUCAAGUCGGAGGCUCUUCGUGAGCGUCACUGGCGUCAGUUGUUCAAGGCCCUUCGUGUUGAAGGCAGACUGACGCUGUCCGAGAUGACCGUCGGUAACAUCUGGGACCUAGAUCUCAAGCGUAAUGAGAGUCUUGUCCGCGACAUCAUCGUUGUUGCCCAGGGAGAGAUGGCCCUGGAGGAGUUCUUGAAGCAGGUGCGCGAAACCUGGACCAACUAUGUCCUAGAUUUGGUCAACUACCAGAACAAGUGCCGUCUGAUCCGCGGGUGGGACGAUCUCUUCACCAAAUGCAGCGAGAACAUCAACUUCUUGUCCGCCAUGAAGCUGUCGCCCUAUUACAAGGUCUUUGAGGAGGAGGCUGCUGGCUGGGAGGAGAAGUUGAACCGCAUCCACGUUCUCUUUGACGUCUGGAUAGAUGUGCAGCGCCAGUGGGUAUACCUCGAGGGAAUCUUCACGGGAAGCCACGACAUCAAGCAUCUGCUGCCCGUCGAGACGUCGCGUUUCCAGAACAUCAACUCGGAGUUCUUGACGGUCAUGAAGAAGGUCUACAAGUCGCCCUUUGUCCUUGAUGUCCUCAACAUUGCCAAUAUCCAAAAGUCACUCGAGAGAUUGGCAGAUCUGUUGGGCAAGAUCCAGAAGGCUUUGGGAGAGUACCUGGAGAGGGAGCGUUCGUCCUUCCCUCGCUUCUACUUCGUCGGAGACGAGGACUUGCUGGAGAUUAUCGGUAACAGCAAGGACGUCGUCCGCAUCCAGAAGCACUUCAAGAAGAUGUUUGCCGGUAUCAACAGCAUUAUUCUGAACGAAGACAUGACGUCUGUUCUCGGUAUGUCCUCGAAGGAGGGCGAGAAUGUCAUGUUCAAGACUCCAGUCUCGAUCAAGGACAACCCAAGAAUCAACGACUGGCUGACCCUCAUCGAGAAGGAGAUGCGCAUGUCCCUUGCCCAGAUCCUCGCCGAGUCGCUGCAGGAGAUGAACUUCUUCUACCUUGCAGAGACCCUAGAGCCUACUGCCUUCCUCGAGUGGAUCGACAAAAUUCCCGACCAGCUGGUUGUUCUGACCUCUCAGAUCGUGUGGACCACAUCCGUUGAGCGCGCCCUGUCAACCAUGUCCGACACUGGCGAUUCGUCCGAGCAGCCAAUGCAGCGUGCCCUGGACUAUGUUCAGCGUGCCCUCAACGUCCUGGCUGACACUGUUCUGCAGGAUCUUGUACCUAUUCAGCGCAAGAAGUGUGAGCAUUUGAUUACCGACCUGGUCCACCAGCGCGAUGUCAUCCGCGCCCUCAUCCGCAGUCGUGUCUCAUCCACCAAGGACUUUGCCUGGUUGUCCCAGAUGAGGUUCUACUUCAACGCGAGCCACGAGGAUCCCUUGCAGUGCUUGACUAUCAGCAUGGCCAAUGCAUCGUUCUUCUACGGUUACGAGUACUUUGGAGUCACUGAGCGCCUCGUCCAAACCCCGCUUACGGAUCGCUGUUACCUCACCCUCACGCAGGCUUUGGAGUCUCGUCUGGGUGGUUCACCGUUCGGUCCUGCCGGUACUGGAAAGACAGAGUCUGUCAAGGCUUUGGGUAUCCAGCUUGGCCGAUUCGUCCUUGUCUUUUGCUGUGACGAGAACUUUGAUUUCCAGGCCAUGGGUCGUAUCUUCAUUGGUCUCUCCCAGGUCGGUGCAUGGGGAUGCUUCGACGAGUUCAACCGUCUGGAGGAGAGAAUCUUGUCUGCCGUCUCCCAGCAGGUUCAGACCAUUCAGCUGGGUCUCAAGGAAGCCAAGACGGAUCCUAACCACGAGAUUGAGCUGGUUGGCAAGAGCGUGCGUGUCAACACCAGCACUGGUAUCUUCAUCACCAUGAACCCUGGAUAUGCUGGACGAUCCAACUUGCCCGAUAACCUCAAGAAGCUGUUCCGCAGCAUCGCCAUGACCAAGCCCGACAGGGAACUGAUUGCUCAGGUCAUGUUAUCGUCCCAAGGAUUCCGAACUGCGGAGACACUGGCUUCCAAGGUCAUCCCUCUUUUCAACCUCUGCGACGAGAAGUUGUCUCCUCAGUCGCAUUACGACUUUGGUCUGCGUGCUCUCAAGAGUGUCUUGGUCAGUGCCGGUAACAUGAAGCGUGAUCGUCUCCAAGAGCUUCGCACCAACAACCCCGAGAACAUCAUGGCGGAGUUUGAGCGCAUCUCAGAAAGUGUUCCUGAGCAGGAAAUUCUCAUCCAGAGUAUCCGCGAGACUGUUGUGCCCAAACUGGUCGCCGAUGAUAUUAACAUCUUAAUGGGUCUUCUCAAGGAUGUGUUCCCAGGAGUUGAUUAUGUUCCCGUCAGCUUGCAGCCUUUGCGUGCCGCCAUCAAGGACAUCUGCACCAAGCGUCGCUUGGUGGUUGGCGACCUCUGGCUCGAGAAGAUCCUCCAGCUGUACCAGAUUCAGCGUAUCCAUCACGGUUUGAUGAUGGUUGGUCCUUCUGGAAGCGGCAAGUCCAAUGCGUGGCAGGUCUUACUCAGCGCCUUGGAGGCUGUCGAGGGUGUUGAGGGUCAAUCGUAUGUGAUUGAUCCUAAGGCCAUGUCCAAGGAAGCGUUGUACGGUGUUCUCGAUCCUACCACUCGUGAGUGGACCGACGGUCUCUUUACCAACAUUCUUCGUAAGAUCGUCGACGACGUUCGUGGCGAGAGCGCCAAGCGUCACUGGAUCAUUUUUGACGGUGAUGUCGAUCCCGAGUGGGUUGAGAACUUGAACAGUGUUCUCGAUGAUAACAAGUUGUUGACUUUGCCUAAUGGUGAGCGUCUGAGCUUGCCACCCAAUGUCCGCAUCAUGUUCGAAGUCGACACCUUGAAGUAUGCCACCCUUGCUACCGUCAGUCGCUGCGGUAUGGUCUGGUACAGUAGCGAGGUCAUUGAUCGCACGAUGAUCUUCGCGAACUACUUCGAGACCCUCCGCAAUGUGCCCUUGGAUGAGGCCGACGAGGAGGUCACUGUCCGUCGCGUCGAGACCGAGGAGAACAGAGCUGCAUCGCCAAUUCUUCUCACCCAGCAGGCCUGUGCUGACGCCCUUGUGCCCCACUUCGCCGAGGACGGACUCAUCCCAAGAGCCUUGGAGUAUGCCGCCACCCUCGACCAUAUCAUGGACUUCACCACCAUGCGUGUUCUGUCGACGCUCUUCUCGCUCCUCAACAAGAGUGUCCGCAACGUCAUCCAGUACAAUAGCCAGCACUCUGACUUCCCUAUGGGCCCUGAGCAAAUCGAGGGCUACAUUUCCAAGCGCCUCGUCUUCUCGACCAUCUGGAGUUUUGCCGGAGACUGCAAGUUGGAGAUUCGCACCCGUCUCAGCGAUUUCGUCAGAGGCAUUACCACCAUCGAUUUGCCCGAGAUUGCCCACAUGUCGAUUAUCGACUUUGAUGUCAACAUCAACUCGGGCGGAUGGGUCCCAUGGCAGGCCAAGGUCCCCGUUAUCGAGAUCGAGACCCAUACUGUCGCCGAGGCCGAUGUGGUCAUUCCUACCGUCGACACUGUUCGCCACGAGGAGGUCCUUUACUCGUGGCUCUCGGAGCACAAGCCCUUGAUUCUUUGCGGUCCUCCCGGCUCGGGAAAGACCAUGACCUUGUUCAGUGCCCUGCGCAAGCUCCCCGAGAUGGAGGUCGUCGGCCUCAAUUUCUCGAGUGCCACUACUCCCGAGUUGAUCCUCAAAACUCUCGAGCAGUACUGCGAGUACCGCAAGACUCCCAACGGUGUGUUGCUGUCUCCCAUCUUGUUGGGUCGCUGGUUGGUCGUCUUCUGCGAUGAGAUCAAUCUGCCUUCCAUUGACAAGUACGGUACCCAGCGUGUCAUUUCGUUCAUGCGUCAGCUGGUCGAGUGCGGUGGAUUCUGGAGAACCACCGACAAGUCCUGGGUCAAGCUGGAGCGCAUCCAGUUUGUUGGUGCCUGUAACCCUCCCACCGAUCCUGGCCGUAUCCCUCUUACCCAUCGUUUCCUUCGUCACGUUCCCCUCGUCAUGGUCGACUAUCCCGGAGAGAUCUCCCUCAAGCAGAUUUACAGCACUUUCUGCCGUGCUAUGCUCAAGGUUGUUCCUUCCCUGCGCGCUUACUCUGAACCACUUACUGCUGCUAUGGUCGAACUGUACCUCAGCUCCCAGUCGCACUUUGUUCCCGAGAUGCAAGCCCAUUACAUUUACUCUCCCCGUGAGUUGACCCGCUGGAUGCGCGGUAUCUUUGAGGCGAUCAAGCCUAUGGAAACUCUCAGUGUCGAAGGACUGGUCCGCAUCUGGGCUCACGAGGCACUCCGUCUCUUCCAGGAUCGUCUUGUUGCCGAGGACGAGCGCAAGUGGACUGACGACGAGAUUGACCGUAUCGCGUUGAAGCACUUCCCCGGACUCGACCGCGAGGCGGCUUUGGGCAGACCCAUCUUGUACUCGAACUGGUUGUCCAAGUACUACGUCCCUGUCGACCGCGAGGAGCUCCGUGAAUAUGCCAAGGCUCGUCUCCGAGUCUUCUACGAGGAGGAGCUCGAUGUUCAAUUGGCGCUUUUCAACGACGUCUUGGAUCAUGUCUUGCGUAUUGAUCGUGUUUUCCGACAGAUGCAAGGUCAUAUGCUGUUGAUCGGAGUCAGUGGAAGUGGAAAGACAACCUUGUCUCGUUUCGUUGCCUGGAUGAAUGGUCUGAGCGUCUUCCAGAUCAAGGUCCACAACAAGUACACUGCUGCCGAUUUCGAAGAGGAUCUCCGAACUGUUCUUCGUCGCUCUGGUUGUAAGGGCGAGAAGGUGUGCUUCAUUCUGGAUGAGUCCAACGUCCUCGAUUCUGGAUUCCUGGAGAGAAUGAACACCUUGCUUGCUAACGCCGAGGUCCCCGGUUUGUUCGAAGGUGACGAGUAUGCUUCCUUGAUGACUCAGUGCAAGGAGGGUGCCCAGCGCGACGGUUUGAUGUUGGACUCGAGCGAGGAGCUUUACAAGUGGUUCACUCAGCAGGUCAUGAAGAACCUCCACGUCGUCUUCACGAUGAACCCGCCUGAGGGAGGACUUGCCUCUCGUGCCGCAACUUCGCCUGCCUUGUUCAACCGUUGUGUGCUCGACUGGUUCGGAGACUGGUCCGAUCAAGCUUUCUUCCAGGUUGGACAAGAGUUCACCACCAGCUUGGAUCUCGAUCGCCCCAACUACAACCCACCUCAUAAGUUCCCUGUGGUUUACCGCAACCUUCCCGCCGUCCCCUCCCAUCGCCAUGCUAUUGUCAACGCCUUCGUCUACGUCCACCAGUCACUCUACGAGAUCAACGCCAAGCUCAGCAAGCGUACCGGAAAGCGUGGUUAUGUCACUCCACGUCACUACCUCGACUUUAUUCGCCACUAUGUCCGCUUGUAUAACGAGAAGCGCGAGGAUCUGGAGGAGCAGCAGCGCCAUUUGAACGUUGGUUUGGACAAGCUCAAGGAUACCGUCGUCAAGGUCGAGGAGCUCCGAAAGAGUCUGGCGAUCAAGAAGAGCGAGCUCGAAGUGAAGAACCGUCAAGCAAACGAGAAGCUACAGAAGAUGGUUGCCGAUCAACAGGAGGCCGAGAAAAAGAAGGCCACGUCUAUCGAGAUCCAGGCUGCUUUGGAGAUUCAGAACGGCGAGAUUGCCAGCCGUACAGCCGUCGUCAUGGCCGAUCUUGCAAACGCGGAGCCCGCUGUAAUGGAAGCCCAGAAGGCUGUCACGGAUAUCAAGAAGGCCCAGCUGACAGAAGUCCGUGUCAUGAGUAAUCCUCCCGAAGCCGUCAAGAUGGCCAUGGAAUCUGUCUGCACCCUUCUCGGCCACCGCAUGGAGGGCUGGAAGUCUGUCCAGGCUAUCAUUCGUCGCGAGGAUUUCAUCUCUAGCAUUGUCCACUAUGACACCGACCGCAACAUGACCCCCUAUAUGCGCGAGAAGAUGAAGGCCGAGUUCCUCAACAUGCCCAACUACAACUUUGAGUCGGUUAACCGUGCAAGUAAGGCCUGCGGACCCUUGGUCAAGUGGGUUAUUGCCCAGGUCAACUACUCUGAGAUUCUGGACAGGAUCGGACCCCUUCGUCAGGAGGUUCAGGAGCUCGAGUCAAGUGCCCAAAUGACCGUCUUGAAGGCGUCGAGUAUCGAGAAGAUGAUUGUGGAGUUGGAGAACAGUAUCGGUACCUACAAGGAGGAGUAUGCCGUUCUUAUUUCAGAGGUUGGAUCUAUCAAGAGUGAGAUGGAACGUGUCAAGUCAAAGGUCGACCGCAGUGUCACUCUUCUCGAGUCACUCUCGUCCGAGAGAGUUCGUUGGGAGGCCGGAAGCCAUUCGUUCGAUACUCAGAUGGCUACCACCGUCGGAGAUGUCCUCUUGUCUUCGGCUUUCCUUGCCUAUGGUGGUUACUUUGACCAGCAGUAUCGUGAGAUCCUGUUCCACAAGUGGGCCGACCAUCUCGCCAAGGCUGGCAUCCAGUACAAGGCCGAUAUUUCGCUUGCCGAGUACCUUUCGACAGCCGACGAUCGUCUGUCUUGGACCGAGCACUCCCUCCCUGCGGAUGAUCUCUGUGUGGAGAACGCUAUUAUCUUGGAACGCUUCAACAGAUAUCCUCUCAUCAUUGAUCCUUCAGGACAGGCGACUACGUUCUUGAUGAAUGAGUACAAGGAUCGCAAGAUUACCGUCACCAGUUUCUUGGAUGACUCUUUCCUCAAGAACCUGGAGAGUGCCCUCCGUUUUGGUAACCCUCUGUUGAUUCAGGAUGUCGAGCACCUGGACCCCAUCAUGAACCCCGUCCUGAACAAAGAGCUCCGUCGCACCGGUGGUCGUGUCCUGAUCCGUCUCGGCAACCAGGACAUUGAUUUCUCGCCCGCAUUCACGUUGUUCCUGUCGACCAGAGAUCCUUCCGUCAACUUCCCUCCAGAUGUGUGCUCUCGCGUCUCGUUCGUCAACUUCACGGUCACCAGGAGCAGUCUCCAGAGUCAGUGCUUGAGCAAGGUGCUCAAGGCCGAGCGUCCCGAUGUUGAUCGCCGCCGUGCUGAUCUUAUCAAGCUGCAGGGAGAGUUCAAGGUCAAGCUGCGUCACCUUGAGAAGUCGUUGCUUCAGGCGCUGAACGAGUCCAAGGGCAACAUUUUGGACGACGACAAGGUCAUUGGAACUUUGGAAACAUUGAAGCGUGAGGCCGCAGAUGUCACACGCAAGGUUGAGGAAACGGAUGGCGUUAUGCAGGACGUCGAACAGACGACUGCCAUCUACACUCCCUUGGCUCACUCUUGCAGUUCGAUCUUCUUUGUCAUGGAGCAGUUGAACCGCCUGCACCAUUUCUACCAGUUCUCACUCGACUUUUUCUCUGACAUCUUCAACUUUGUGCUGCACGACAACCCUGCGCUCAACGGCAUCAAGGAUCAUGGACAGCGUCUUGACAUUCUCACCCGUGACCUCUUCAGUGUGUCAUACAGGAGAGCCAGCCGCGCCUUGUUGCAUGACGACCACAUCUCCUUUGCGAUGUUGUUGACUCAGAUCAAGGUCCGUGGAACCCCUUCGCAGGCUGACGAGUCCGAGUACGACUUCCUGUUGAGCCCUGACUCCAACCCCACUGGCGAGAUCACUGCCGCUUUGACUGAAGAACAGAGAGUUUCCAGGAUGCACGACUUUUCCAAGUUGGUUGCUUUCAAGGGCAUGCCUGACCAUAUUAGCAACAACCCUGAAGUGUGGUCCAAAUUCUGGAGCGACUCUCGUGCCGAAGCCCACGUUCCAAUCUUCUGGAAGACUUCUGAGGCCGAUGCUAUCAACGAGUUCAAGAAGUUGUUGGUGAUCAAGUGCUUCCGUCCUGACCGUAUCUUGGCAGCGACGUCCAAGUAUGUCGACCAUGUCUUCAUGCCCAAUUUUGCCAGCUCGGCCGAGUUGGAUCUCACAAAGUUGGUUCAGGAGGAAGUCAAGGCAUCGACCCCCAUCUCGCUCUGCGCCGUCCCCGGACACGACGCCGCCUACCGUGUCGACAACUUGGCUCAGGAGCAAGGAGUUCGUCUGGCAUCAAUUGCCAUGGGAUCUCAGGAAGGUAUCAGUUUGGCUGACCAGGCGAUUGCGUCGGCCACCAAGACUGGAAACUGGGUCCUGCUGAAGAACGUCCACCUCGCCAUCUCAUGGCUCGGUCAGCUCGACAAGCGUCUCCAUAGCUUGAAGGCGCACCCUAACUUCAGGCUGUUCCUGACCAUGGAGACCAACCCCAAGGUUCCCGUCAACUUGCUCCGUCUCUCGCGUGUCCUCAUGUUUGAGCCCCAGCCCGGUAUUAAGGCCAACUUGCAGGAAUCUCUCCGAGGCAUCCCCUUGGCCCGUCUCAACAAGGGCCCCUCCGAGCGCGCCCGUCUCUUCUUUAUGGUCGCUUGGUUGCAUGCGGUUGUCUUGGAGCGUCUUCGCUAUGUGCCUCUUGGAUGGACCAAGGCUUAUGAGUUCAACGACUCGGAUCAGGAUUGCGCGUUGAGCACGAUCGAUAUCUGGCUGGACACUGUCGGCCUGGGUCGUGCCAACGUCUCGCCCGACCGCAUUCCUUGGGACGCCAUCCGCACAUUGUUGAGCCAGUCGGUGUAUGGUGGUCGUGUCGACAGCGAUGUCGAUCAGCAACUGCUCGAGAGCUUUGUCAACUCGUUCUUCAGAUCCGAGUGCUAUGACUUGAACUUUAAGCUGGUCGAGUCGAGUGCUGAUGAUGAGGCCGGAUUGGUCGCUCCCGAGGGUACCAAGAUGUCCCAGUUCCUCGAUUGGGUCAGCGAGUUGCCCGAGCGUGAGCCUCCUACCUGGUUGCGCCUCCCUGCCACUGCUGAGCGCGUCCUUUCUACUCAUAAGGCUAUUACUAUGUUGUCGAAGGUCAAGAAGAUCAAGAGUCUCGUUGACGACGACGAUGACGAUGUUUGA